UUAUAUCAAAUCCCGCCAAACCGAGAUCAAAGAGGAAAUCCUAUUUUAGGCGCUAACCAGUUACAUAAGACACUCAUUUCAGGUUAAUAGUGAGAGAUCAACGCAUCGCUGCAAAAACACUGCACUCCGCAACAACACAAAGGAGACCAACAGCGUGGCAUCCAUAUUGCGAUUACGGCGUCAUCGUAUACGUUUAAACUAAGGAUUUCUGAUGCUUCGCGAAUUUUAAUCUGUAGGAAAUUAUUAGUAUCGAAAAAUAAUCCAGGAUUAUGUUAAUGAUUAAUCCAGGCAAUCCUGUAAUUUUUGCCACUGAUGCCUUUAAUUCCACGCUUGCGUUUAAUACCUGCGUGCCUUCGUCUGCAAACGCGAGCAAUAACAGAUAUGAUGCGGUUAAUCAUCAUUGGAGCUUUCCGUCCAUUGGCCAGCUGGUCUUUACUGUCCUCACGCUGCUGACCAACCUCUUUGUGUUGCAUCUCUUCAUCCGCUAUCCGCAUCUGCGCACGCCGUUCACCGUUUAUUUGAUCAAUCUGCUCUUGGCGAAUCUGGUGCAUUGUCUGGCCAAUCCACUGCGUAUCGUGGACGUCUUGGCCAUACCCUGGUACGCACAAUCAGCAUGGUGCUACGUGCAGAUGUACAGCGACUGGGUCUCCACCGCUGUCACCCUACACGCCCACUUCCUUGUCACGGUCAACCGCAUCUGGGCGCUGUUCGCGCCGGUCUCCUAUAAGAACCACCACUCCAAGCGUUUUGCUAAACUGACCUGCUUAUUCCAGUGGAUCUACGCGCACCUUCUCCCGGGUCCGCUGCUCAUCCUCGACGGGCUCUUUUACCACCGCACAUUGGAAGCCAGUCUGGGCUGCGUCCCGCACAUUAUGGGGACCCAACUGGUCUACGCUCAGGUCUUGGAGGUGCUGGUGUACGUCCUCCCGGUCAUCGUCAUCGUGGUGUGCUAUCCGUUCCUCUGUUGGAAACGCAAUAAGUACCGGGUACGCCAGCUGCAGUUGGCGGUCAACCAGGUACCGAUGAGUGAUAUGAAGAAGGUGCUGGAGAAUACGUACAAUUCGAUGCUGACGGGGAAUUCGCUAGUGGCGCCCUGUAAGGCCGAGCGCGACCACUCCUACGGGUUUGCCGUGCUGACCGCCAUGACGGUUAGUAUUGUGGUAUGCUGGACUCCGUCCAAGGUCUACGGGAUGAUACAGACAUUCGGGCAUGUGGAACUGACGGGGUUGAGUCACGUGGGCGAUGUUCUGUAUGCGCUGCAGGCCAUCCUGGAUCCGCUGCUGUUUGCCUGCUCACUGCGGAUGCUGCGUCGUGCCGCAGUGGACAGCUUACGCUGUAAAUAA